GCACGGAUUGUAAAUACUCGUAUCUUGCAGUUUUCUUUUGUAUCCAUGCUAAUGUACCUCAGGUUGUCAUUUCACGAGCCCUCAUUCGUCUGCUUUUACAAAUCUCAUCUGGUGCAUAUAGCAAUGUCAAGGAUAUGUCUGCCUGGAGAAGAAGUGUCUACGCAUAUUUCGAAGGAUCAGAUGAAGGUUAUCGGAUAUGGUAUUGAGCGUGAUCCUGCAAGUGAUCGCUUGGUGGCCAGACAAGCAGGUUUAGUUCGACAACAAGGCGAGAAAUGUUGGGUCAGCGUCCAUUCCAAAAGGUAUGUCGUAGAGAAGGGCGAUCGUGUUAUCGGUGUUGUAACCGGGUCUAUUGGCGACUUCUUCAAGUUGGACAUAGGAACGGCUGAAAAUGCAACGAUUUCAUUCCUUUCAUUUGAAGGUGCCACGAAGCGCAAUCGGCCAGAAUUGAAAGCUGGAGAUGUCAUCUAUGCGCAGGUCAUGGACGAGUUCGCUCAUACUGACAUAGAGCUCACUUGCGUGGAUGCUUUAUCUAGAGCUAGAGGCUUGGGAGCGUUAACUGGAGGCUUUUUGUUCAAGACCUCCUGCAGUUUUGCGAGGCGUAUUCUUUCUGAACAGUCACAGUUACUAAAGUUGUUAGGGAAGGACUACAAAUUUGAAAUUGCUGUUGGUCUGAACGGGCGAAUUUGGAUAAAAAGUGCUUUGCAUAAGGAUGUAGUUACUAUCUAUAACGUGAUCAAGUGGUCUGAAUACGUACUGGAAUGUGAUAUACCGGAAUAUGUCGAGAAUGAAAUUCGCAGAUCCAAAGGCUUUCCUCUUAUUGACAACUCUGUUAAGCACGAAGCCAUGGAGACCAGUACUUAG